CUCUCUCCAGAGCCCCCGGGAGCUAACUAUGGCUAGGGAGAUGUGGCACCUGCUGGGGCGUGACGGGGAAUUCAGCGCUCACCUGGUGACGUUGAUGUGCUGCAUGGAUGAAAGAGACAGAGUGCAGAAAAAGACUUUUACAAAAUGGAUAAACCAACAUCUCCUGAAGGUACGGAAGCAUGUAAAUGACCUGUAUGAAGACCUACGAGAUGGACAUAACCUGAUCUCACUGCUGGAGGUCCUGUCUGGCCAGUCAUUGCCUCGGGAGAAAGGGAGGAUGCGGUUCCACAGACUCCAGAAUGUACAGAUAGCACUGGACUACUUAAAGAGGCGGCAGGUCAAGCUAGUCAACAUCAGAAAUGAUGACAUCACAGACGGGAAUCCCAAAUUGACGCUGGGAUUGAUUUGGACCAUAAUUCUGCACUUUCAGAUCUCUGAGAUCCAUGUUUGCGGGGAGUCGGAGGACAUGACAGCCAAGGAGCGUCUGCUGAUGUGGUCCCAGCAGAUGACCGAGGGCUAUGUGGGCGUACGCUGUAACAACUUCACCACCUCCUGGAGGGACGGGAGGCUGUUCAAUGCCAUCAUUCACAAAUACAGACCUGAUCUGGUGGAUAUGGGCAGAGUGUCGGCUCAGACUAGCCGGUCAAACUUAGAACAGGCCUUUGGUGUGGCUGAACGGCUUGGGGUGGCCAGACUACUGGACCCCGAGGACGUGGAUGUGCAGUCUCCUGAUGAGAAGUCGGUCAUCACAUACGUCUCUACAAUGUAUGAUGUCUUCCCUAAAGUACCUGAUGGUGUUGACGGUAUCAAUGCAAAUGAUGUUGAUAUCAAAUGGGUAGAGUACCAGAACAUGGUGAAUUACCUGAUCCAGUGGAUCAAACACAACGUGGGAUUGAUGUCAGACAGAGCGUUCCCUAACAACCCAGUGGAACUAAAGGCACUUUAUACACAGUACUUGCAGUUUAAAGAGAAUGAAAUCCCGCUGAAAGAAACCGAGAAGAGCAAAAUCAAGCAUCUUUACAAAAUGCUGGAGGUGUGGAUGGAGUUUGGUCGUAUCCAGCUGCCUCGGGGGUUUCACCCCAAUGAUGUGGAGAAGGAAUGGGGCAAGCUGAUCGUGGCCAUGCUGGAGAGGGAGAAGAGCCUGAGGCCUGAAGUGGACAGGCUUGAAAUGUUGCAGCAGAUUGCAACCAGAGUCCAGCGGGACUGUGUCACUGGAGAGGACAAACUAGCGUUAGCACGAACUGCCCUGCAGUCUGAUGCUAAGAGACUAGAGUCUGGGGUCCAGUUCCAGAACGAAGCAGAGGUCUCUGGGUACCUUCUGGAAUGUGAGAACCACCUGAGACAGCAGGUGGUUGACAUUCAGAUUCUACUGGACGGGAAGUUCUACUGCUCCGAUCGGCUUGUUCAAAGGGUAUCCAGGCUCCGUGACGACCUGCUGGGGCUGAGGGCAGAGUGUUCCUCUGUGUACAGUCAAGGACGCACCCUGACGACCCAACAGACCAGGAUGAUGAUCUCAGGCAUCACUCAGAGUCUCAACUCAGGCUUCUCUUCAUCGAACCACAACUCCAGCCUCACCCCUGGAGGCCUGGGCUCUCCCGGUUCCACCUUCACCUCCAGCUUUACCCCGGGCCUCACCCCUGCCCUGAGCCCCGCAAUGACACCCGGCGGCAUGCAGCCCGGGUCAAUCCAGGCCUAUAUGGGGGGCGGAGGAGGGGGCAUGGAUCCGGGAUCCCUCCAGCACCAUAAAUACAUGCAGAUCCGCAAGCCCCUGGGCAAGUCCUCGCUAGUGGACCCCAACAUGACCAAGGAGGAGGUCAACAUGAACUUUGUGCAGGACCUGAUCAACUGGGUGGAGGAGAUGCAGGUUCAAUUGGAUCACGGAGAUUGGGGAGCCGAUUUGCCAAGUGUGGAAACACAUUUAGAGAACCACAGAAGUGUUCAUAGAGCCAUCGAAGAAUUUCAAAUGAGCCUUAAAGAAGCCAAACUUAGUGAGAUGCAGAUGACCCAAGCGCAAAAACUAAGUUAUUCUGACAAGCUGGGCAACUUAGAAUAUCAGUAUGGGAAGUUACUGAAAUGUUCGCGGGAGCGUCAGAAGAACCUGGAGAGCCUGCAUGACUUUGUGUCGCGGGCCACCAUGGAACUAAUCUGGCUCAACGAGAAAGAGGAAGAAGAGGUCGCUUUUGACUGGAGCGAUCGCAACGGCAACAUCUCCAAGAAGAGACAGUACCACGCUGAUCUGAUGAGAGAGUUGGACGACAAGGAGAAGGUGAUCAAGUCUGUGCAGGAUAAUGCAGAGAACCUUCUGCAGGAGAACCACCCUGCCAGGCUAACUAUUGAAGCAUAUAGAGCAGCCAUGCAGACCCAGUGGAGCUGGAUUCUACAGCUCUGCUCUUGUGUGGAGCAGCACCUGAAAGACAACACAGUCUAUUUCGAGUUUUUCAAUGAUGCCAAAGAGUCCAUGGACUACCUGAAGAGCCUGCAAGGUGACAUCCAGAGAAAGUAUGGCUGUGAUCGGACAAGCAGUGUACACAAGCUGGAGGAUCACAUCCAGGAGUCCAUGGAUGAGAAGGAGCAGCUCCUGCAGUACCGCAGCACAGUGGCUGGGUUGGUGGGCAAGGCCAAGGCCAUCGUCCAGCUCAAGCCCAGAACCCCAGACACCCCUAUCAGGUCUUCCAUACCCGUCAAAGCCAUCUGUGACUACCGACAAAUAGAGAUCACCAUCUAUAAGGAUGAUGAGUGUGUCCUGGCCAGUAACUCUCACCGGGCCAAGUGGAAGGUGAUCAGUCCGUCUGGCAAUGAGGCCAUGGUGCCCUCUGUCUGCUUCACUGUGCCUCCACCCAACAAGGAGGCUGUGGACCAGGCCAGCAGAAUUGAGCAGCUGUACCAGAAUGUCCUGACUCUGUGGCACCACUCUCACAUCAACAUGAAGAGCGUGGUCUCCUGGCACUACCUGAUGGCGGACGUCAAAGCCAUCCGCAACUGGAACGUGUCCUCAAUUAAGACCAUGUUGCCAGGUGAGCACCAGCAGGUCCUUAGCAACCUGCAGUCCCACUUUGAGGACUUCCUGGAGGACAGCGAGGAGUCGGAGGUGUUCACAAUGGCAGACUGUUCCCAGCUAGAGAGGGAGGUGUUGACCUGCAAGGAGUACUACGAGGAGCUGCUCAAGUCUGCAGAGAGAGAGGAACAUGAGGAGUCUGUGUACAACCUGUAUAUCUCUGAGGUGCGUAACUUCCGCAUGCGUCUGGAGGCUCAGGAGGAGCACCUGAUCCGACAGAUCCGCACCCCACUGGACAGAGACGACCUGGAGCAGAGUAUCCUGCGCAUCACAGAGCAAGAGAAGAAGAAGGCAGAGCUGGAUCAGCUAAUGGAGGAUCUGGAGACCAUGAAGGAGAAGUGUGAGACAUUCCUCAGACAGGCCACAGCCUCUCCCUCUGUCCCCGCCCUCUCCUCUGACCUCAACGUCCUCAUCCAGAGCAUGAGCCAGGUUUACUCCAUGUCCUCCAUCUACCUGGAGAAGCUGAAGACGGUGAGCUUGGUGGUGAGGCACAGCCAGAAUGCAGAGGCUCUAGUGAAGCUCUUUGAGGCCAAACUUUCUGAGGAAGACGCUGUGAACUCUGACCUGAAGUCCAUUGACACAGUCGUCAGCACACUCAAGCAAUGGCGCUCAGAGAUUGACGAACAGCGGGAGGUCUUCCAUGACCUGGAGGAUGGGCUGCAAAAGGCCCGUGGCAUCAGUGACCACAUGUUCAAGGCUCACAACGAGCGGGACUUUGACCUGGACUGGCACAAGGAGAAGGCUGACCAGCUGGGAGAGAGGUGGCACAAUGUCCACACCCAAAUUGACAGCAGACUUCGGGACCUAGAGGGCAUCAGUAAAUCUCUGAAGUACUACAAAGACUCCUACAGCAGUCUAAAUGACUGGGUCAGAGAGAUGGAGGCUGCUCAGCUCAAGACCCAGGAGAACCAGCCAGAGGACAGCAAGGCGCUUGCUGAGCUGCUCAACCAACAGAAGGUCCUUGUUGCAGAAAUGGAACAUAAGCAGAGCAGAAUUGAUGAAUGCCAAAAGUACUCAGAGCAGUACUCAUCUGGCGCUAAAGAUUAUGAGCUACAGCUGAUGACCUACAGAGCAAUGGUUGACUCACAGCACAAGUCCCCGCUCAAGAGACGGAGGAUGCAGAACUCAGCUGAUGCCAUCGUUCAGGAGUUCAUGGACCUCCGAACUCGCUACACGGCCGUAGUCACCUCCAUGACGCAGUAUGUAAAGUUUGCCAGUGAGACGUUGAAGAGAACAGAAGGCGAAGAGAGAUCUGUUGAUGAGGAGAAGAAAGAACAUGGUGAUAAAGUUAGCAAGCUGUUAGGUUGGAUGUCAAGUGUGAAACCUGGCCAGAGCAAAGAUGGUAAAGCCAGCACAGAGGCCUCUAGAAAGCCCCAGGUUUCAAUGGAAGAAAUGGUAACAAAGAAGGAGAAAAUUGCAGAAGCACUGAGGACUACACAGCUGAUGCUAACUAAACACAGUGACAAAAUGACUGAGGAUGAGAAGCAGGAAGCCAAGGAGCAGCUGAAAUCCCUCCACCAGGCCUACAGUGAUCUCUCCCAGCAGUGUUCUGAUCAGACGCCAUCUACCGAGCAGUGCUUGGUGGAGAAACAGAAGGAGUUCUCAGACAAGUUGCAGGAGCUGUGUGACAACCUGACCAAUACAGAGAACUGUCUGAUAGGCCAGCAGCAGCAGGCCAAGAGUGUAGAGAGUGUGGAAGACCUGCAGCAGGUCCAGAAAGAGCAUCAGGCCUUGCAGAAAGACAUCCUGACCAACGGCAGUGCCUUGAAUGAGGUCAUCAGUAGCACCAAGAAGUUCCUGGAUGAGAACCGGUCUAUGCUGACCCCAGAUCAGAUCGCUGUCAUCGAGAGCAAGCUGGAGGACGCCAAGAGCAAGGUCAAACUCAUCAACCAACGGGCCGAGGAGUCAAGGAAAGACGUGGAGAAGUCUGUGACUACUGCUAUCAAACAGGAGACUGAGAAGGAGGCUGUUGUUGAGCAGUUUGAGGAGAGUAAGAACAAGAUCGAGGGUCUGCUGGACUGGAUCAACAACAUAGGGAAUGAGAAAGGGAUGGGGGUCGAUCAGACAGACCAUAUGGGCAAACAGAACGGGAACAUGCCUUUGCCAUCGAAGACCUCAGCCAAGAACAUUCUGGGAGAGGAUGAUGACCCCAAUGGAAACAAUGGAAACGCUCUCCAGACUACAGAUAACGACACUGGCAGACAGGCUACAGAGAAGACCCCAGAACUGGACCUGGACAAGCAAUAUGAUAGGGUCAAGGCUCAUCACCAGGAGAUCCUGUCCCAGCAGCAGGACAUGAUCAUGGCCACCCAGUCAGCCCAGGCUCUGCUGGACCACCAGGCCCAUGCCCUGUCCUCCACGGAGAAAGACAAGCUGCAGAUGGACAUCCAGGAGUUGAAGGGUCGGUACGACGCUUCCCUUACCCAGGCAGAACAGCAGAUGAAGCAGGUGGUCCAGGUCCAGGAGGAGCUGAAGAAGUUCCAAGGAGACUGUGAGGAGUUUGAGGGCUGGCUGCAGCAGGCCGAGUGGGAGGUGGGGGAGCUGGGAGCCCCCGCUGGAGCUCUGAACAUCCUCACAGAGAAGCUCCAGAGACAGAAGAGCUUCUCUGAGGAUGUCAUCUCCCACAAGGGGGACCUGCGGUUCAUCACCAUCUCAGGGCAGAAGGUGCUGGACGUGGCAAAAGCUUGUGGACGCAUGGACCCUAAGGGGAAAGAUGCCCAGCUGGAGGUGGAUACCACUGGAACCUGCACUACUGUAAAGGAUAAGCUGGACUCGGUUGCUGGCCGUUACAAAGCCCUGCACUCUCAGUGCAAUGAGCUCGGCAACAACCUCAAAGAUGUGGUGGACAAGUACAAGAAGUACGAGGACUCAACCGCUGGUCUCCUGAAGUGGCUCAACAACUCAGCGGAGGAAGCCAGAAGGCAACAGUCUGAGGCCAUUGCUGCCGACCCUCAAACCCUACAGAAACAGCUGGAGGACACCAAGGCUCUACAAAAUCAGACCACUGGUCGUCAGACUGCUGUGGAGACACUCCGCAAAACAUCUGACUCUCUGGUCACUGCUGAGGGGGACCUGUUGACCAAUCAGGACGAGAUCCAGGAGACAGUAGAUGAUAUUGUGGAAAGGUAUGACAACCUGUCCAAGUCAGUGAGUGAUCGUAAUGAGAAGCUUCAGAUCACCCUGACCCGCUCCCUGAGUGUCCAGGAUGGCCUGGAUGAGAUGAUGAGCUGGAUGGAGGGAGUAGAGGAGACUGUGGAGAAAGGACAAGUCCCUCUGGAUUCAGCAGCCAUUGGAGAUGUGCUGAACAACGGGGCCGCUCUGGAGCAGGAUAUUUCCAGUCGCCAGAGUAGCAUCUCGGCCAUGAAGGCCAAGGUGAAGAAGUUUGUGGAGACAGCUGACCCCUCCGCCGCGGCUCUGCUGCAGUCCAAAAUGGACGCCCUGUCACAGCGCUUCUCUGACACCUGUGACAAGCACAAGCAGAAAAUGGAGCAGCUGGAGCAGCUGAAGGACAAGGUGGAGGAGUUCGAGAAGACCUCGGACAAGGUGCAGCAGUUUGUGCUCAAGCGCUCACAGGCCCUCUCCGAAACAGACGGGUCAGGGAAAAAUGUCAACGAGCUCUCGCAGCUCAUGCAGGACACUAACACUGAGUUGGCUGAACAUGCCAAGGAUGUGGAAAUACUGCAAAAGCUGUCAAAGGAGCUGUCCAAUAUGGGUCCAGAGGGAAGCAUGGCCCAGAUUCAGGGAAAGAUUGACAACCUCUCCAACAACUUCAAUGCCUUCAAAGACACUGUGAAAGAGAAAGAGGAGGAGGUGUCUUCCUGCCAGGACCAGCUGGGAGACUUCAGGGAUGCAGCCGGAGCUCUCAGGACGUGGCUGGAGGAGACAACAGAGAAAGUCCCUGUGGUUCAGCCAACCAGCAGUGAACAGAGUCUAUUGAAUGACCUGCAGAGAGUCCAUGCUCUAAUGGAGGAAUGGACAACCAAAGGCUCUGCUGUCCAAGAUAUAAAUAGCAAAGGAUCUGCGCUAUGUAGCUUCAUAAGUGUUCUCACAUCUCCAGCCAAGACCAAGAUGUCACACAAGUCAGCCGUUGCUAACGGUGGUGGCCCCGGAAACCAUGCCUACCUAACCAAUAAAGAGCUGAUGGUGGUACAGCAGAACAUGUCGUAUAUCAACGAGGGCCACGAGAGUCUGGGAGAACUACUGAAGGACCGGGCUGCAGAGCUCUCUGACCUGGUGCAGCAGAUGGCAGAGGCCCAGAAGGAGACAGAUGCCAUGAUAACAUGGCUGAAGGACAUGAAGAAGACAACAGCAUCCUGGAACUCUGCGUCCACAGAGAAAGACGCCAUGAAAACACAACUGGAGCAACAGAAGGCCUUUGAGGAGGACAUGAAACAAAAGCGUGAGCAGCUCCAGAAGCUGAGAGAGAAGCUCCUCCACUUGAUUGAGAAACACCCAGACUCUCCUGAAGCAGCCAAAUGGAAGCAGAUGCUGGCACAGAUAGAUGCUGCCUGGGCGGAUGUAAGCGGGUCGGUGGUGGACAGGAAGCAUCACCUGGAGGAGUCCAACAGGAACCUGGACAUGUUCCAGACCACUGAGCCACAGCUCCGCCAGUGGCUCUCAGAGAAGGAGAUGAUGCUCAGUGUCCUGGGGCCCCUCUCCAUGGACCCCAACAUGCUCAACACACAGAGGCAGCAAGUCCAGAUCCUCCUGAACGAGUUUGACAGCCGUAAGCCACAGUAUGACCAGCUUAAUGAGGCUGCUGCUGCUAUCCUGAGCACCUCAGCCAAGCAGGACCCCUCCUCUGGUGGGAAGGUGGUGAAGGACCAACUGGCUGCCGUCACCCAGAAAUGGCAGGGCCUGACUGGGCAGCUGAGACAGCGAGCCGGCCUCAUCGACCAGGCCGUGGGGAAGACGGGCCAGUUCCAGGAUCUGCUGAGGAGCUUGAGCCAGAGCGCCGCCUCACUGGAGACCCGGCUCAACAGCCAGCAGGCCCUUAGCAGUCAGCCUGACGUGGUGAAGAAGCAGCUGGAAGAGGCUAACACCAUCUCUGGCCAGCUGAGGGAGGAGAGGAAGAGACUGAAAGAGGCUGAGACCCUCUGCUCGGAGCUCUCUGCCCUGGUCACUGAGGACUACCUGAAAACAGACCUAGCCAGGCAGCUGGAGGUGGUCACCAAGCCCUUCAAACAGUUGGAGGACAAAGCAGUGAAGCGGAUCCAGCAGCUGAACUCGGCCUUCGCAAGCUCCCAGCAGUUCCACCAGACCUCCAAAGACUUCCAGGGGUGGAUGAAUGAGACGCUCCAGGAGCAGUCUAAAUCCCAGGCAGUCUCAGCCCAGGUGGAGAACCUUCAGCAAAGCCUGAAAGAGCACAGUGCCCUGCAGAAGGCCCUCAGUGAACAUAAGGAACCAUACAGCACCAUCGUCAGGGAGGGGGAGACCCUACUCCAGAACACAGAUGGGGCAGAGAAGGUGGCGCUGCAGGGCCAGCUGGCCACAUUGCGUUCCAACUGGGACGACGUGAAGAAGAGCUCAUCCGAGCGCCAGGAUAAGCUCCAGGGGGCGCUGCAGAGGGCCCAGAAGUAUCACGAGCAUGCUGAGAAGCUCCAGUCCUGGGUCCAGGAGAGUGAGGUCAGGGAGGGUAGCGUCAGGCUCAGCGUGGACCCAGCGGAGGUGGAGAGCUCAAUCUCCCAGCUGAAGGCCAUCCAGAAGGACGUGGACAAACACAGAGGCCUGGUGGCGCAGCUGAACACUGCAGCCGAAAGCCUCCUGGAGGUGGCCAAUGCAGACACAGAGGCCGUCAGGGAGGAGAAGGCGGCCAUUGGGCAGAGCGUGGACCGGGUCACAGAGAGGGUCCAGAACAAGAGGGAUUCUCUGGACAAGAUCUCACAGAGGCUGAAGGAGUUCAACGACACCCACAAAGAGGCCAAGGGCCAGCUAGCAGGGGCUAAGAAGCAGCUAGAUGCCCACACAUCACUGGGGGUCCAGGCCUACAGCAACAAGAACCUGAUCAGCAUGAAGGCCCAGCAGAAGAGCCUGGAUGGGGUCAACACACAGCUGGAGCACCUGAAGAGCCUUGCCCAGGGCCUCGUGGCCGACGUCCCUGAAGCUGACGGGGUGACAGACCUCCUCCUUCAGGCCGACAGCCUGGAGAAAGAGUACGGCUCCCUCAGCAAGGAUGUAGGGAAGACUUGCUCCACCUUGGAGGGCAAGCUGCAGGGCAUCGGGCAGUUCCAGACCAACAUCCGCGAGAUGUUCACCUGCUUCGCAGACUUAGAUGAUGAGCUUGACAGCAUGGCUCCUGUGGGCCGCGAACUGGCCACUCUGAAUGAGCAGCAGGGCGGCAUCAAGGUCUUUGUGGAGAAACUGCAGGAGCUGAUGGCAGACACGGCUCGAGGAGAGGACAGAUGUAAGAAGAUGCUGGAAACUGAGGCCUCCCCAGAUCUUCUGGGGCUGAAGAGAGAUCUGGAUGUUCUGAGUAAGCAGUGUGGCAAGCUGAUGGACAGAGCCAAAGGGAGAGAGGAAGAGGUGGGGAGUACACUCACCCGUCUGAAUGAGCUUUACUCCAAGCUACAGCAGUUCACUAACAAACUGGACGGGGCUGAGGUCAAGGAGGAGGGUCAAGGGUCAGUUGGCAUGGAGACGGAUGUCAUCAACCAACAGUUGGAAGCUUUCAAGGUAUUCCAGAAAGAGGAGGUUGAUCCACUACAGACCCAGUUGCAAGACAUCAACUGGCUGGGCCAGGGCCUGAUCCAGAACGCCGCAAAAGGUACCAGCACCAAGGGCCUUGAACAUGACCUGGAGGAUGGCAACACUCGAUGGAACACACUCAACAAAAAGAUUGCUGAGCGGUCAGCGCAGCUGCACGAGGCCCUAUUGCAUUGUGGGAGGUUCCAGGAUGCUCUGGAGUCCCUGCUCAGCUGGCUGACGGACACGGAGGAGCUGGUGUCCAAUCAGAAACCUCCCUCUGCUGAGUUCAAAGUUGUCAAGGCACAAAUCCAGGAGCAGAUACUCCUCCAGAGGCUGCUCGAUGACCGUAGGCCUACGGUGGAGCUGAUUAAGAAGGAAGGAGGGAAGGUUGUGGACCUGGGAGCAGAGUUUGUGGAAAAGGAGAAGGUGGGGAAGGAGAUUGAGUGCCUGGGGCAGAGGUGGGGCUUGCUGAAGAAGGCUGAGAACAGGCACAAACAGCUGAAGAGCAUUCUAGUUGUGGCUCAGCAGUUCCAUGAGACACUGGAGCCUCUGUCUGAGUGGCUCUCUGCCACAGAGAAACGCUUGGCCAAAUCUGAACCCAUCGGCACACAGACCUCCAAGCUGGAAGAGCAGAUCUCCCAGCACAAGGCCUUAGAGGAGGAGAUAAUGGGUCACAGUAAAGACCUGGUUCAGUCCAUCAGCCUGGGUCAGAUGCUCAAGCCGGUUAGCUCAGUGGACGAUAAGGAGCUGGUGCAGUCUAAGCUGGACUCCACCCAAGCCAGUUACAUAGAGCUGCAGGAGCGCUGUAGGAGGAAGGCUGAGAUGCUGCAGCAGGCUCUGGCCAAUGCCCAGCUCUUUGGAGAGGACGAGGUGGCCCUCAUGAACUGGCUCAACGAAGUGCACACUACGCUGAGCGAAGUGUCUGUCAAAGACUACAAGACGGAUGUUCUUGAAAAGCAGUGUGCAGAACAACUGGCCCUACAUGAAGACAUUGAGUUGAGAAAGCAGAAUGUUGAUCAAGCCAUUUCCAAUGGAUUGGAGCUGCUGAAACAAACAACAGGUGAUGAGGUGGUUGUCAUCCAAGGCAAGUUGGACGGGAUAAAGACGAGAUACGCUGAGAUCAACUCCAUGAGUGGUAAUGUGUCUAAGACCCUGGACCAGGCCCUGGCCCUGGCCUCCAAGCUUCAGCACAUCCACGAAGACCUCAGCUCGUGGCUGGUGAAUGUCGAGGCUGAGCUCACCGCCUUCGCUGCUCAGGAGCCUGUAGGAGAGCAGCUCAUCCAGGCACAAGACAGGCAGAAGGCAUUGCUGAAAGAAGCCAUGGAUCACAAGCCCCAGGUGGACAAACUGAACGAGGUGAGCAGCUCUCUGCUGGAGCUGGUCCCAUGGAGGGCCCGGGAGGGCCUGGACAAGCUGGUGACAGAGGACAACGACCGAUACAAGGCCGCGAGUGACACCAUCACACAGCAUGUGGAGCAGAUCAACGCCGCCAUACUGAAAUCACAGCAGUUUGAACAAGCAGCUGAACAUUUGCUGGCCUGGCUUACUGAAGCAGAGAGGAAGAUGUUGUCAUUGGGGGAGAUCAGGCUGGAACAGGACCAGACCACAGCACAGCUCCAGGCCCAGAAGGGCUUCUCCAUGGACAUCAUGAGACACAAGGAUGCUAUGGAUGACAUUGUGAAAACAGGCCAGGCCAUCAUGAACAGCAAGGAUGAGGAUGAAAAGCAAGCCUUGAAGGUCAAGAUCCAAGCCCUCCUGGAGAAGUACGGUGUGGUAAGUCAGCUGAACUCGGAGCGCUGCCUGCAGCUGGAGCGAGCCCAGUCUCUGGCCAGCCAGUUCUGGGAGACUUACGAGGAGCUGUGGCCCUGGCUCCAGGAGACCCGCACCAGCUUCAGCCAGCUCCCACUGCUGGCCAUUGAGUACGAAGCUCUCCGACAGCAACAGGAGGAGCUCAGGCAAAUGCGAGAGCUGAUUGCAGAGCACAAGCCCCACAUCGACAAGAUGAACAAGACUGGUCCCCAGCUUCUAGAGCUGAGUCCUGUGGAGGGGAUCCCCAUCAGGGAGAAGUACACAGCCACAGACCUGCUGUACGCCCAGCUCAAGGCUGAUGUCAAACAGAGGGCUGCCACAUUGGAUGAGGCCAUCUCCAAAUCCACACAGUUCCAUGACAAGAUCGAGCCCAUGCUGGAGUCCCUGGAGCGGAUUGCUGAGCGCCUGCGUCAGCCUCCCUCCAUUUCUGUGGAGGUGGAGAAGAUCAGGGAGCAGAUCACAGAGAACAAGGCUGUGUCCGUGGACCUGGAGAAACUGCAGCCUUCCUACGACACCCUCAAGCAGCGUGGAGAGGAGAUGAUCGCUCGCUCCGCGGGAGCUGACAAGGACAUAUCUGCUAAAGCUGUGCAAGACAAGCUGGACCAGAUGGUGUUCACCUGGAAUGAGAUCCAUGCCCUGAUGGAGGAGAGGGAGGCCAAGCUGCUGGAUGUAAUGGACCUGGCAGACAAGUUCUGGUGUGACCACUGUGCCCUCAUCGUUACCAUCAAGGACACCCAGGAUCUGCUGAGGGAGCUGGAGGAGCCUGGAGUCGACCCCUCUGUGGUGAAACAGCAGCAGGAAUCUCUGGAGAGCUUCAAGGAGGAGAUUGACGGGCUUCAGGAGGAGCUUGAUGUGGUGCGGAACUUGGGGGCGGAGCUUAUGGCUGCCUGUGGCGAACCAGAUAAGCCAGUCAUUAAGAAGAGUAUUGAUGAGGUGAACUCUGCAUGGGAGACUCUGAACAAGUCAUGGAAGGAGAGAGUGGACAGACUGGAUGAGGCCAUGCAGGCUGCUGUACAGUUCCAGGAUGGCCUGCAGGGUAUGUUUGACUGGGUGGAUAUCGUGGAGCACAAACUGGAUUCUAUGUCACCUGUGGGUACAGACCUAGACACUGUCAAGCAGCAGAUUGAAGAACUCAAGGAGUUCAAAGGUGAGGCGUAUCAGCUGCAGAUCGAGAUGGAGCGUCUGAACCACCAGGCGGGCCUACUGCUGAAGAAGGUGACGGAGGAGUACGACCGCUGUGCCAUCCAAGAGCCCAUGACCGAGCUCAAAAUGCUCUGGGACAACCUGGAUGAAAAUAUCAUCAACAGACAGCACAAACUAGAGGGAGCGCUGUUGGCUCUGGGGCAGUUCCAGCAUGCGCUGGAUGAGCUUCUGGCCUGGAUGAGCAACACGGAAGAGCUGCUUAAUGAGCAGAGGAAGGCUGCAGGAGACCCCAAAGCCAUUGAGAUCGAGCUCGCCAAGCACCACGUCCUCCAGAACGAUGUGCUGGCCCAUAAGACCACGGUGGAGGUGGUCAAUAAGGCUGGUACUGACCUGGUGGAGUCCACCUCUGGAGAGGAAGCCUCUGGACUGCAGAGCAAACUGGAGAACCUCACCCAGCGCUGGAAGAACAUCCUGGAGAAGACAGAGCAGAGGAGACACCAGCUGGACGGUGCUCUGCUUCAGGCCCAAGGUUUCCAUGGCGAGAUGGAAGACAUGCAGCAAUGGCUGAAAGACACAGAGCGUCAGCUGUUAGCAUCAAAGGCUGUGGGAGGCUUACCAGACACGGCCCGCGAGCAGCUUAACGCCCAUCUGGAGUUAUGUUCUACAUUAGAGGCCAAGGAGGAGCUCUACCAGCAGCUGAUGAACAAAGGUCAGCAGCUGCUCACCAUGACCCCCUCCGACCAGGACAGCAACACAGAGCAGGACCUCAGGAACCUGCAGGACAAGAGGGAGUCGGUACAGGUCAAGGUGGCUGAGAGAAAGGUGAAACUGGAGGAGGCCUUGACUCUGGCCACAGAGUUCCAUAACUCUCUCCAGGACUUCAUCAACUGGCUGACCCAAGCUGAACAGACUCUCACUAUGUCCUCUCCUGCCUCCCUCAUCCUGGAAAACAUCAUGUUCCAGAUAGAUGAGCACAAGGUGUUUGUGACGGAGGUGAACUCUCACAGGGAGCAGAUCGUUGAGCUGGAUAAGACAGGGACCCACCUGAAGUACUUUAGCCAGAAGCAGGAUGUGGUGCUGAUCAAGAACCUGCUGAUCAGUGUGCAGGGCCGCUGGGAGAAGGUAGUGCAGAGGUCUGUGGAGAGGGGCCGUCUGCUGGAUGAUGCCAGGAAGAGGGCCAAACAGUUCCACGAAACCUGGAACAAGCUGACGGAAUGGUUGGACGAGUCGGAGAAGGCCUUGGACUCGGAGCUGGAAAUCGCCAACGACCCUGACAAGAUCAAGAUGCAGCUGGCCCAGCACAAGGAGUUCCAGAAGGCGCUGGGGAGCAAGCACUCGGUGUAUGACACAACCAGUCGUACGGGACGCGCCCUGAAGGACAAGACGUCACUGCAGGACGACAACCAGAAGCUGGAUGACAUGCUGAGUGAACUGAGGGACAAGUGGGACACUGUCUGUGGCAAGUCAGUUGAGAGGCAAAACAAGCUUGAGGAGGCACUGCUGUUCUCUGGUCAGUUUACUGAUGCCCUUCAGGCCCUGAUUGACUGGCUGUACAGAGUGGAGCCUCAGCUGGCCGAGGACCAGCCAGUACAUGGAGAUAUAGACCUGGUCCUUAAUCUCAUUGACAGUCACAAGGUGUUCCAGAAGGAGCUGGGGAAGAGGACGGGGAGUGUUGCGGCCCUGAAGCGUUCGGCUAAAGACCUGAUUGAGAGCAGCCAUGAAGACUCAUCCUGGGUCAAAGCUCAGAUGCAGGAGCUGAGCGCACGCUGGGAGACUGUGUGCGCCCGCUCAGUAUCUAAACAGACUCGGCUGGAACAGGCAUUGUGUCAGGCUGAGGAGUUCCACUCUACGGUCCAUAUCCUGCUGGAGUGGCUGGCCGAGGCUGAGCAGAGCCUUCGUUUCCAUGGCACCCUGCCCGACGACGAGGAUGCCCUCAGGGCUCUUAUCGAGCAGCACAAGGAGUUCAUGAAGAAGCAGGAGGAGAAGGGAGUAGGCCUGAACAAAGCCACCAGUAUGGGGGAGGCUAUCUUGACCAUCUGCCAUCCAGAUUCUAUCACCACCAUCAAACACUGGAACACCAUCAUUAAAGCCCGGUUCGAGGAGGUUCAGGCUUGGGCACGGCAGCACCAGCAGCGCCUGGCCAUGGCCCUCAGUGAUCUGCUUGCCACUCAGGAGCUGCUGGAGGGUCUGCUGGGCUGGCUGCAAUGGGCUGAGGCAACACUCAAUGAGAAGGACAAGGAGGUCCUGCCUCAGGAGAUAGACGAGGUCAAAGCUCUUAUUGCUGAACACCAGACAUUCAUGGAGGAAAUGACCAGGAAACAACCAGAUGUUGACACGAUCACCAAGACACACAAAAGAAAGGCUGCGGGUGGUAGCGAACCUGCCAUCCAGUCCCAAAUCCCUGUCCUGGAGAAAGGAAGAGGUGGAAGAAAGCGUUCUCCCACACAAGCCAUGUACCCAUCAGCGUCACAGCCUCCCAUAGUGACCAAGAACCCCAGGGUCAACCUGUUGGUCAGCAAGUGGCAGCAGGUGUGGCUACUGGCCCUGGACAGGAGGAGGAAACUCAACGAUGCCAUGGACAGACUUGAGGAGCUGAAGGAAUUUGCCAACUUUGACUUUGACGUGUGGAGGAAGCGCUACAUGCGAUGGAUGAACCAUAAGAAGUCACGUGUCAUGGACUUCUUCAGACGCAUUGACAAGGACCAGGAUGGAAAGGUCACCAGACAGGAGUUCAUUGAAGGCAUCCUCUCCUCCAAAUUCCCUACCAGUCGGCUGGAGAUGAGUGCGGUGGCAGACAUAUUUGACCGGGAUGGUGACGGCUACAUCGACUACUAUGAGUUUGUGGCUGCUCUUCAUCCCAACAAAGAGGCAUACAAACCCCUCACAGAUGCAGACAAAAUUGAAGACGAGGUCACACGCCAAGUGGCAAAAUGCAAGUGUCCUAAACGAUUCCAAGUUGAGCAAAUUGGUGCCAACAAAUACAGGUUCUACCUUGGAAACCAGUUUGGUCUGGUUCACUGCUUACAUGAUGAUGAGAUAAUAGCAAACAGGGACAGUCAAAAUCUAACCCCCCACCUACACGUUGCGGUUUUGGAAAGCUGUAUUCUGUUCGGAGACUCCCAGCAGCUGCGUCUGGUGCGGAUCCUGCGGAGCACUGUGAUGGUGCGCGUUGGUGGAGGCUGGAUGGCUCUGGAUGAGUUCCUUGUAAAGAACGACCCGUGUCGAGUUCAUCACCACGGGAGUAAAAUGUUGCGCUCGGAAUCAAACUCUUCAAUUACUCAGUCUCCUAUAGGUUGGCAACAAAUCUCACACUUUCUCACCUUGCUCCAUGAACCCCCCAGUGCCAAAGGCAGGACAAACAUGGAGCUGCGAGAAAAGUUCAUUCUCCCAGAGGGCACCACUCAGGUGAUGGCAAGCUUCCGGUAUAGAGGUCGUAGGUCGCGGCCGUCGUCACGAGCUGCCUCUCCCAACAGGUCAAACUCUAGCCAUAGCUGUCCGGCCCAGCAUAAUAACCCAGCCUUGCCCAGCACACCCAAGACUCCCCAACACAUAACUCGCAAUUAUGAUAAACCCUGGCUGACAAACAGCAAACCCUCCACUCCUCUUAAAUCAUCAGACUCCUUUGAGAGCCAAGGUUCAUCCUCUGAGAGCACUCCGAUACAGGGAAGUAAACUGCGGCUCCCUGGAUACUUGUCAGGAAAAGGUUUCCAGUCGGGAGAAGAGCAGGGAACCCUGAUCAAUGCUGCUGUGAUGAAAGCACGGGGACAGGCGAUAGGGUUUGAAUCGAGAAGGUCCGGCAGCCGACCUGGAAGUAAAGCAGGCAGCCGAGGGAGCAGCCGGAGGGGAAGCGAUGCUUCAGACUUCGACAUUUCGGAUAUCGCAUCGGUGUGCUCCGACACAUCGGAGACGGUGGGUGACACCAGUCGGGCUACACCCCGCUCGUCGUCACGUCAACACGGAGGCAAGCCCUCCAAAAUCCCGACUCCUCAAAGAAGGUCGACUCCCAGCAAACUGGCCCAGACCUCCAAGAGAUAGUCAGGGGCCUUGAGACAACCACGUUGGCCCAAAGUGACAAGAGAGACUGGCGUAUGUGUUGAUUAUUUAAAGUCUUGUGAAGAUGUAAAAUAUUCUGUUGAAUAGGAAAAUUGUUUAUUAUUAAGUGAGAAUGGAAUGCCAAUGGCCUUGUGUUUGUCUUAAUGUAUUUAAUUUUUUGUGAAUAAUGUCAAAUUAUUAUGACUAUUUUAUUUUAUUGACGCUAAACCUGAAGAGUUUAAAGAAACUGAAAAGAAAAAAACAUGGCGAAGACAACACUGUAUGCUCAACUAACAAUUCUACACACUAAUGAAUGGCAGCACACAGCAUUGUGCUCGUGAGAGGGUUACUGAAUGUUCUGUAUGCUGACAUGCGUGUGACAGACCCUGUGGGACACCUCAAUUAUCUAUUAUCUAUUUAAAGUGCAAUGAUGUACUGCCAAAAUGCAUUUAAAGGGCAAUACAAUAUACAUGUAGCCUACCACAUAGUAAACACUGCAAAUAAUUAUGUUCUGACUGAGAUGACUGUUGAAGGCAAGUUCACGCAGAAAUCCCUCAAUAUCCAGGCUUUAAAGUACUCCACCUUACCUUCGGUAGUACUGUUUUGUUUGGUCAACUUACAGUGAUGUGUGCCAUUUUACCUUGGACAUUGGCCUCCCCGGACCCUGAGUAGACAUUCUUUAGUGCAUUUGUCAGUGUAUGGUUCAUUUUGCUAGAGUGGAAAGGAUCGCUGUUAACGUUUUGUAAUAAAUCUGCUAGCAGAAAGCUACCAUGGGAUACUGA